AUGAACGAUAUCGAAAUAGCUCUCCAAUAUGCUCAAAAGAGAAAAAAAAUUCGUUUGGGAAAGAAUAAAAUUUAUCGUCGUCAAGCUCGUGCAAAAUCUCAACUAAUUUCUUACUUUGAAGAUUCAUCUGAUGUUGAAUCAGAAUCAUCCAUGAUAACAAAUUUCAAUGCAAUAAAAGUAAACUCGUAUGAUGAAAAAGACGAAUAUGAAGAUAGUGUUACACCGAAUUCGAUCCCGAUGAAUAAUGAAAAUCGACAAACAGAGGAAGUUUUGGAUGAUUCGUCAUCCAGUUAUGAUAAUACUAAGUUUCAUGAUAUUGUCAGCGAUGAAGAUACAAGUGAUCUAAAUCUGCAUAACCAUACGUUGACGAAUUGUUUUUCAUUUUGUCAAAAUCUCAUCGAUUUUAUUCCAAAAGCCAUGCUGAAAAUCUAA